AUUUCACUGAUAAAAGAAAAGAACAAACUGAGAACACCGUAAAUGGUCUCUGAAUGUUUCAGAGCAUGGGGUCUAGGAACGAGGCACCGAGUUGGGCAGAUCAGUGGGGCAACAGUGGGAGCAUGUAUGACGAUGGCGACGAUGAGACCAAGGGCAGGGGCAGUGGGAAGAAGAUGGGCAACGUGAAGGCAGUGGCUUCAGCAAGCCUGGACAAGGCCAAGGCUGCCGCGACUGUGGGAGCGCAGAAGGUCAAGAGCGGGACCAGCAUGGGCAUCAAGUGGGUCAAGACGCAGUGCCAGAAGAGGACCACCAAGUGACUGAAUGAUCUCUGCGUGAAGCUCUCAAUGGCCAGCAUGUCGUCCCAGUUUGUUAUCCCUUGACGCUUUGACAUUUUUCAUUCCAUUAGAAUUUGAUGCUGAUUUCUGAAAUGGAGGCUUUCAUGGUGCUCUUUUGCCAUAUAUUUUGAUUAAGGUUGGUUUUGAAAUUAAAAAAAGAAGCA